UUCAAAACUCUUGCCUUUUAUUUAUUUAUUUUAUUAUAUAUAUAUACAUAUAUAUAUUUAUUUAUAUAUAUAUAUAUUAAAACAAGAAGAUUCGGGUUUUAUUAUCUCCUGCAGUUGCACAUGCUCUCCGAUUUUUCUAUACAUUAACAUAGCCAUACGAAACAAGAAAAAAAAUUUUUUUUAUAAAAGAGAGUAACUUUCACCAAAAAUGGCUCUGGUUCAACAACAUACCGUGAACGAUUCUACAGUUUUUGUAUCUUAUCAAGAUUCUUCUGAUAUAACUUUUCAAAAGAACAUGGCUCACAUAAACGUUCGAAGAAAUGACCCUCGUCUGGAUUCUGCUAUUUGUAUGCCUUCGGCUAAGAAGUCGACUGCUGUUUACACUCCUCCAUACAAGAAGAAUGAGAGUUUGGAAAGAUGGGUUGAUAAUUUGUUAAAGGAAUUGGACCAUAUCAUGUCGACAAAUUUGAAUAUUGAUCCUACUCAAAAUAAUAGUCAAAGAGUAAAAGAGUUAAUCAAGAAAAUAGAUGAACGUUUAAGUAAUACAUUAGAACAUACCGAUGAAAAUAUUCGUGAUUUUGUACUCGAAAAGAAAGAUGAAUGUGAAUUAUUACUUAAAAAUGAAACUCAAAGUGAUGACUCAACAAUCGAAAUAUCAUCAGAAGAUAUGAAUAUGGAGAACACACUUUCUGUUGACAAGUUGCAUGAAAAGUUAUUAGAGUGCAACAUGAAACCUGUACAAGAUAAAAAGAAUCCAAUAAAGCGUGCUGGUACUUUUUUAAGUAAGGUUGCAAAAUCAGCAAAGAAACAUGCAGACAGAGGUAUCAAAUUAUCACAAAAAGUAGAUAAAACAACAAAAUUUGAACAGGAAGCUAAAAAAAGAAUUGCAGCUGCUCGUUUAAAGGGAGGAAAUUCAUCAACUAGUAUUGGUACAGUUGAAAGAAAAUCAAAAUAUGAACGAUUACUUAAUGGUCGUUACCUUAUUGAUAAAAAAGACAGUAUUGGUGAAGGACAUCAUGGAAAAGUAAUAAAGGGUAUUGAUCUUGAAACAAAACAACGUGUUGCUGUUAAAUGUUUGAAAAAACAAUUCACUUGUUCAGUAGGUAAGAUACAAUAUGCUGAUGCAAAACAGAAAAAGAAAAAUCUAGAAAUAAUACAUGAAGGAAGAAUGAUGUUACAAAUGCAAGAAUUGCCAAAUCUAGUUCCAUUAUUGGAUCUUGUUGAGACAUCAAAAAAGGUAUACUAUAUUAUGCCAUUAGCAAAUAAAGAUUUAAGCGAUGUUAUAUAUCGACGACGAAUGACUGAGCCUUGCGCGCGUGUAUUAUUGAAACAAAUAUUUGAAGCUGUCAAAUCAUUACACGAUUCGGGAUUUGUUCAUCGUGACAUUAAACCUGAGAACAUUAUGUUAUAUCAAGGUGGAUGUGCAAAACUUGGUGAUUUUGGACUUUCAACAGAAUUUGGAUAUCACUCCGGAUUACAAGUUGUAGGAACUCCAGCAUUUGCCGCCCCUGAAGUUCUUGGUCAAUUUCAUCGAACUGAUAAAUUAGGAUGGCUUAAUUAUAAACGUGCCGAUUUAUGGUCAUUAGGAGCAACAUUAUAUGUUUGUCUCGCUGGACGAUAUCCAUUUGAUGAUCAAAGUCCAGUAUCUGAACAAGCUGCAGCUGGAAUACCAUUUCCUGAAAAAAGAUUCAAACACUGUUCACCAGAAGCAAUCGAUCUUAUCAAAAAACUUAUGGUUGUUGACCCAAUUAAACGAGUUUCAAUCGAUGAUGCAUUGAACCAUCCUUUCUUCACUAACCCAUAAUUUGUGUUAAUAAUCAAUUGAGAAAAAAAUUUUAUUUCAUUUAAUUAUUUUUUUUUUCCACUUACAUAUUUCUUGACACAAUUAGUGCAUUAGUGCGCAUACACAAAAGUAUUUAUAUAUAUAUAUAUAUUAUU